AUGGACAAGCACCCUCAUCUCACGUACCCAAAACUAAACCUCAACGACCAUACCCUAGAUGAUAACCUGCCUCCCUUGCAAGCUCAACCUCAAAACGACUCCCUCGACCCACCGCCUACUGCAAGCCUCGGUGCCCUUGACCGUCUCCCAAUAGAAUUACUUCAGGAGAUUCUCAUCCAACUUGACUUGAGCACUUUCAUGGCGUUCCGAUGCACCAAUAGACGAGCUAAGGAGUUGGCCGACCAUCUUCCACAAUACAAGGCCAUUACCACCAACGCAAGGUAUGCGCUACGUGGUAUCCUGAGAAUUGGAACGAGCAGGUGGAUUACCUGUAAAAGUCUCUUCGACAAGUUACGCACAUCAGCUUGCGAACAAUGUGGCGAUUUCGGCGGUUACCUCUAUAUUCUCACUUGCAGACGGGUUUGCUUCCUCUGUUUUACACAGGACAAGAGAUACCUACCACUGCGGCCCAACCAGGCGUGCCGGAAGUUUGGAUUGGAGAGAGCCAUCAUUCAAACACUGCCUUGCAUGAGAGUCAUACCUGGCAUAUACUCGCCAACCGAAAAGAAGGCUACUACAACUACCUUGGUUGACUAUGAGUCCGCCUUUGAUGCUGGCAUCGCCCGGCACGGGUCGUCGGGCGCCAUGGAUGAAUUCGUGGCAGGUGUCGCGGCAAAGAAACUCCAAGCUCAUAGAAUGAGGGUGAUGCAAGGACAACAGUCCGGAUCUUCACGUCGCACGCGGAUGCCUCCGGUGGCGGAUCCCUUUGAUAUGCAAUCGGCAAAUCCACUUCGAUUCGUGGCGAUUGUUCGCGUGCCGUGGCUGAACAGAACGUCGCAGGAUGGGGUGGAAUGGGGCUUUUAUUGUGUUGGCUGUGGGAGGUCCAGGGACUUUCCCCUUCAUUGGAGGCGGCAAUUCGCGCCAGAAUCUUUUGAUCAGCACAUAAUACAAUGUGGGGAUAUAAUUGAUGGAAAUCAUCAAGCAGCCUAA